AUUGUGCCAUCGCAGGCGUUUAAAUACUGUUAACCAGGUACCGGAGAUCUUAGCACGCCCUGGCCCGUUGGGCCGGCGAAUUCCUUUUCUUCUUUCUCCAGAGUGCGCGGCUUUCUGGUCCUCUGGCAUCCUGGGCGAUCGGGGAAGCAACGUGCGACGGAUCGUGGACGACAUGUGCGGUGCGCUCGGCCACGAUGCCGCGAUCCCAGGGACUGGGCGGCCCCCCUUCGUGAGUAUCGGCGAGCACGGGGGCUGGCUCCAGUUCGAGCUGGAGCUGUACCCGCCGUUCAACGACGAGAGGUCGUUUGAGGUGGCCGAGCGGGUGUUUAUCCGCUCACUCGAGGAGAUGAUGUCCGCUCCAGUGGAGGCCGAGUCGCUCCACUGCAAGCGCCCCAAGAAAAUCCAGCCCGACGACUGGGAGUGCCCGAACCGGAAGUGCGGCAAUUUGUGCUUUGCGCGGCGGAAGGCGUGCCCCAUCUGCGGCUCCGAGAAGCCGUCGUACCGCCAGCGCCGCGCGCCCAGCACGAGCGGCAACGUGCCGGACUGGCGGCACGACGGUGAGGUCUCGAGACCACCCAAGCACGAGAUGAAGAUGAUCAGGACCGUGGAUCGCCUUCGUCCGCUGUACGAAGGCGAGUGCCAGCUGAUCUGGCUCGUGCCCUACCACCAGCGCGGCGCGGUGAUCGGCGUCAGGGGCGACACGCUCGUGUCCCUGCAGGCGCAGGCGGAGUGCGAGAUCCACGUGACGGACAAGCCGGAGACCCGGCUGGUGGACGGCACGCCUCACUGCAUGGCCAUCGUCCGCGGGGUGCCGGAGCGCACGAGGUCGGCCCUGGCCCUGCUGAGGGACGCGGCGGGUGGGGGCCGCCUUGGCCGCGACGGGCUGGAGCCGCUGCUCCUGGCCGUGGAGGCGGCGCUGGCUGACGCUGCGGACAGCUGGGCCUCCUCGCGGUCGGAAUGCUGGACGCCCCUGAGCGAGGUGUCGGGGGACCCCGGCGUCCGCGAGGAGCUUGCGCGAGCGCGGCCCGUCGUGCGAGGUGCAGGGCUGCGCUCGCUGCUGGAGGUGCUGGAGCCCUGGCCGGAGCACUUCUGGGUGCGCCGCACGGGGCCGAGGGGGGCGGAGGUGUGCCUGCACGAGAGGCUCCCCGAAGAGUGGCGCGCCAGCGCGGCGGAGCUCGCCGAUGGCAGGCCUGGCGAUUCGCCGACCGACGCAGGCUGCGCGCCCGCGGCGGGCGAGGGGCCUCGGCGUGCUUCCGCUCUGCCUGGGCUGUAGGGCCGAGCGCGACCGC